GAUGUGGACAGACGGACAGGGAAAUCUUUGUUUGUUUGGGCUGGGUGAGGAUUUCACACAUGAGUCGCUUGUUCUUCCCAUGCUGAAGGAAGUUCGAAAGGUAAAUUUUCUGUCUGGCUUGUGCGGAAGUGAGAUUAUAUCCAAGCAAAGCAGGGGGUCAUCUUUUUCUUAAAAUGCUUCUAACAGCCUUAAGGUCCUUCACAGAAGCAGAGCUUGAUCAUUUCCAGUUCCGGUUAAACUCCUCAUUCCAUUGAGAAGCACUGAGCCAGCUGCCUGAAACGCUUUGGGCCUGACUCUUCUCUCGCCCCCACUGGUUUAACACUCACAUAACCCAUUGACUUCAGUGGAAUUAUUCCUGAUUGCCAGCAGCAUGAGAGGAGAAUGCAUCUUCAGCUUUGUUAUUCUGAGGAAAUAAAACUCAGUGGUUGCUGAGCUGGCAAAUUUCAUUUUCAUUUGGAGUUCUUUCCAGUGAUGAAAACACGCAUCUCGUGACCUGUACAGCAACUGACCUUCAUUGGGUGCAAUGACGGAAACGUACCAAGACAUCCUGCUGAUGAUCUUGGAGGAGCUGGUAGAGGAACAGAGAAAGAAGUUUAAAUUGAAACUCGGUGACACUGAACUGAGGAAGGGCUAUGCAAACAUUCCCAAGGGACGUCUGGAAAAAGCUGACGUAACAGACAUGGUUGAUCUGCUGAUUAGAUACUACCAAGAGGAGUAUGCUGUGGAGGUGGUGAUAAACGUGCUGGAUCACAUCAAUGAUAAGGAUCUGGCUGAAAGGUUGAGAAGAAAGUCAGCUGAAGUAUGGAAAACCAGACCUGUUUCUGUAAAGCCCCCUGACAUCGACCACAGAGCGAACUAUGUGGCCUCCGUGAAGGAAAAAUUUAGAAGAGUGAAGGAUUAUAAUUCCAGGCCAGGAGAAUGGGUGUCUUUGGAAGACCGCUACACAAAGCUCUUUAUAGUAAAAAAACACCGUCAAGCAGAAGAUAAAGAACAUGAGCUACUGUCUAGAGGAAAAAGACACAUGGAGAUCAUGAGGAAGCCGAGCAACUUUGCGGACUCCCAUGUUAAUGUGGAAGAUCUUUUUGACACAUUAUCAGAUGGCACAAUAACGAGAAAAGUGAUCUUACAAGGAAUAGCAGGGAUUGGAAAGACUGCUACAGUUAGCAAAAUUAUGUACGAUUGGUCAUCUGGCAGGCUUUACCAGGGCAGAUUUGAUUAUAUUUUUCAUUGGAGCUGCAGGGAGCUGAACCAAAGAACAGAAAACCUGAGCUUAGCUCAAUUAAUUUUACAAAACUGGGGACAUCCAAAGCCAGAGAUAGGGGAAAUUUUGUCUUGCCCAGAUAAAGUCUUGUUUGUCAUCGAUGGCUUUGAUGAACUCAGGUUUCCUGAGGAUUAUGAUAAAAGUAAAAGCUUAUCCUGUGAUUUGAACACACCUCACUCAACAGCAGCAGCUGUGGUAGAAAGUCUCCUCAGCAGCAAGAGCCUUUCAGAAGCAUGCCUUCUUGUCACAACAAGACCCUUAGCCGUAGGAAUGCUGGAGACCCAUAUGCAAAGUGACCUCUGGGCAGAGAUUGUGGGCUUCUUGGAGGAAGACAGAAAGGAGUUUUUCAAGAAGUUUUUCAAAGAUGAAGAGAAAGCAGCCUUUGCCUACAGUUAUAUCCAAGAAAAUGAUGUAGUGUUCACCAUGUGUUUCAUCCCCCUCAUCUGCUGGAUUGUCUGUACAACCCUGAGCCUUCAAUUGAGGCAUAGCGAAGUGCUCGAUCAGAAGGUGAGCACAACCACCGAAAUAUUUACCUAUUUUGUGUACAGUUUAUUGCAGUCCCAUGGUCAUGCACAGACAUCCACACAAGACCUUUUUCACAACCUUGGAUCAUUGGCCUAUGCCGGUGUGAGGGACCAGAAAGUGCUGUUUGAUGAGAGCAUGCUGAAAAAGUGUAACUUGGAGGUGUCAAAAGGUCCAUCAACUUUCCUCACGGAAUUGCUGCAGGCAGACAUUUUUGUGGAAACUAUCUAUAGCUUUGUCCAUUUGACAGUUCAGGAGCUGUUUGCCGCCUUGUUCACCUUCUGGAACAAGGAGAAAGCUUCUGAGCUCCUGAAAGAAGCCUUUGUGGAGAAUAAAAGCCAUUUGAUCUUAACUGUUCGCUUUCUGUUUGGAUUGAACAACGACAAGUCACUAAAGCCUUUGAAAAGGUACUAUGAAACCUGCAUGGGCAUUUCAAAGGAUGAGCUUCUGAAAUGGACUAAGAAGGCGCUUCUUAUUUGCCAGGAACAGGGCGAGCAGAACCAUCUCCUCCUGGAGCUGUUGCAUUGUUUGUUUGAGAUUCAGGAUGAGGAGUUUGUCAUAAGUGCUUUGGAGGAGAUCAAGGAAGUGGUCUUCUUGGAGAACAAUCUAGGACAGGAUGACCAACAGGUGAUACUGUACAGUCUGCAGCAUGCCAAGGAAUUCAGUCAGCUGAAAUUGGCCAGUCUGAAAGAGAGAGACAUGAUCAAACUGGUUCCGUUGCUAGGGAAAUGCAAACAGAUCCAUUUGAAUGCCUCUGGAAUCUCAUUGUCUACGGUAUACAAAGUGUGUGCUUACCUUUCACAAAAGCUUAGAAUGACCAGACUGCACGUGGAGCACGAAGAAGAAGAUGAAAUGUAUUUUACAGUGGAAGCAAGCUGUGAAAGGGACCCUUGCACAAUAACUUUAGAUAACCUUCCUGAAGACACUGCCAUUGCAAUUUGUGACCACGUUAUUCCAGCUCACCCUGGCAUUGUCGCCCUUGAUGUGAAUAGGAUUCAGGGAAGUGAGGAAUUUGUAAAAAGCCUGAAGAAUAGUCUUCUGGACUCGGACUGCAGACUGGAAUCAGUGGGCUUCAACAUUGAGAACCCCAGACUCCAGGCUUUCCAGGACAUCUGCCAACAUCUUGCUACUCACCGUAGCCCGAGAAAAUUCCUCUUAUUCCGAAGGUAUGAGGAGGAUGAAAUACACUUUGGAUACGAGGCAAAGGAUGAGGAGAAGAGUGGCAAAAGACUCCAAAAGAAAAAGAAGAAUGAAAAGAGAAAGGGAAAGAAUGAGGCACAGAAAAAGUGUUUUCCCUGGCCAUGUUUAAUAAGGAAAACGGGAGAGAAAAAGCAAAAGAAAAAGGACUGCAUUGCUGUCCUCGCCUGUCUCCCUGAAGAGUAUUUUCUUGAGCUCACCAUGUGGGUCACCUCCACAUUCACUCCGCUAGCCCUGUGCCUGGAUGAAAAUUCCAUCAAUGAUGAGCUGAUGAAAACAAUAUGUGAAAAUCUGAACAGUACUGAUUAUCAGCUUCAGUCACUGAGCCUUCGCUCUUGCAGCAUAACUCAGGAGAGCAUGGCUAAUAUCUGCUCACUAUUCCUCUGCAACACGGCAGUCUCCUUGGACCUUCAGAGUAACUCUGUGGGGGAUGAAGGAGUUAAACUACUUGCAGUGUGCCUGAAGAGUAAAGGUUGCUGCCUAGAAAAACUGAGCUUAUCAAGUGCUGCCCUCACAGAAGACUGUGUUCCUGCCAUCACCUCUCUGUUUUCCCGGAAGAACACCCUGAUUUGGCUUGACCUGAGCUUUAAUCACCUCGGAGAUGGUGGAGUGAAAGCCUUGUGCUCUGCCCUGAAAGAUAAGGAGAGCCAUCUUGAGAAGCUAAUCCUUGAACACAAUGGCAUCACUAACAACUGUGAGCAGGAGCUCAUCCAACUCAUUGAAAACACCCUGUCUCUGAAAUAUCUGUGCUUGGAUGAUAAUGAGUUUACAUCCACCUCCAAAGCCCACAUCUAUGGCGUGUGGGACAAGUAUCAUGAUGAGGAGGAGGUGGAGGAAGACUGACUGUGAGUCGCAGGUGCUGCACUCAAUUCUCCCUUCUUGGCUGUGAAGGUAGGAUCUCAGGAACUUCAGUAUGUUACACAAACAUGGUGCUAAGGAAAGGUACCAAAAUGAAACCACUGGGAUGUUUACAGUAUAUUCUUUACACACUGAACAAAGUACAAUACAGGGUGCAGCAGUGCAACCAUUUCCUAUACAGCUCUGCCCAUGAGCCUCAACCCUGGCAUAGAUGGAGCACCUCUAAGGAUGAGAUGGUUACAGUGUCCGUGCUCACCCAGCCCUUGGCUUUUCUGAUGUGACUGGCAUAAAUGGCGCCAAGCGGAGGUGAUGGAAGAGAGAACAAAGGGGGCAAGAGGAAACCCACCUAUACAAACCCAGAAAUUAAAAUCUGAAUUUCAGAAAUGACCUUAUCAAGUGUUCUGACAUUUAUAGAAGGCAACUUUGAAAACUACAAUCUCCUCAGAGCUGCAACCUGGUGGUUGUUCACUACACUAAAAGAAACUAGGGCAAAUAACUCUUGCCUGUGAGUAAAUGUUUACUGGUUCUUGUGUAAUACUGAGCAGUACAGUGUAGUACAAAUAGUUCCAAAAUUAAAGGAUAACGCAAGACAUCACCUGUUUCAUGUCCAAUUUCCAGAUUGUGAGCUGGCUGGGGCAGGGACUGUCUUUAUGUCAUUUGUUUAUACUGUGCCUAUUACAAAGGGGCCUGAUUCCUCACAUGGGAGUUUAGGAGCUACUGCACUAGAAAUAAUAGUAUAGCCAUGCAAUAAUCAGUUAUUCAGUGUUUUAAUGCAAGGAUCAGGCCUGGAUUAGGUCUCUCUUGUAUAUUCCAUGCAUGAUCCUAGCACUCCGCUAUUUCCCACAGAGGGGGCCAAAGGAGUGGAAAAUCUGGUCCUUUGGGACUGAGAUAAUGAGGCCUCAUCUUCCCCUCCCUCUGACCUCACAAAAUCCUGUGAACAAAUCUUGUGGGGCAUAUGGCAUCCAUGGGUUUUAGGUGGAUGUUGCUGGGGCGUGAGUUGUGGGCUCUUUGCAGCUUUGUUCCUUAGAAGCCCACGGAGAUUUCCCACAGUAGAUUAAUUCUGCCACUCUCAGGGUUAGUUCAUGCAAACACCUGGUCUGUACUUUUGGCCAUUCCCCCAUGUCUCCAUGAGGGCACUGAGCCAGGAAUGAGCAGUAGGGCCCUUUAGAGAUCCAUGCUGCCACAGGGAUCAGGGUCUCACUUCCCAAGGCUGCCCAGAAACCAAUGGGAUUAUCAUACAUCCAUAUGGUAAGAAGGCCACUCUGAAGGUGCCUCACCUUGAACUCAUGUUGCAGAAUAAACUCUGUGACUAGCAUGGUUGCGGAUCUUUCUCACUAUGUGUGGCCUGGUAGUUGUGUUUUCUCAGUACGGCCUGGUCUAGACAUGGAUUUUUUUUGUCAGUUAUGCACAUUAGAAAAAACUGCCUUGAAAAUUGGUAUAUCUUAGGUCAUUUUUAGAUUCCCUGGGAUUCUAUAUUGUGUGAGCAUUUCGUGUACCGUGUGCUGAAUAAUAACAUGAGGAUUCCGUUCUUAUUAAACUAACCUGGCUCUUCAUUAAAGCAACUGUUUAUAGAAUUACUCCAGCCACACCUUAACAUUCCUAGCCGUGUGCACACAGACUGACUUCCCAGUUUCUCCUCCAAACUCUUCUCUCCUGCAACCUAUUCACCUCUCUCCAUGGUCCAUGUACGUUGCUACAAUGAGAAUGAUAGAUUCCAAGUCCAGAAGAGACCAUUGUGAUCAUCUAGUCUGACCUUCCAUAUAACAUAGGCCAUAGAACUUCACCCAGUCAUUCCUGCAACGAAGACAAUCCUACAAAGAAUCAAACCCAAGAAUAUUUACAAUAAAAAUA